CAAUUCACUUUCCUUGCACACGUUGCACAAUCGAGUCUCGCUGUUAAUUUUCCAGUAAAUUAUCGCAUAAAUUGCAUCAAAAAUGGCCUUCGGAGACGUUAAGACACCAAAAGGACUCCAAGAGUUGAACAAAUUCUUGGAAGAACGCAGCUACAUCGAUGGAUACACUCCAUCCAAGGCUGACGUGAGUGUUUUCGAUGCUUUGGGCAAAGCUCCCGCCGGAAGCUACCCACAUGUGCAACGUUGGUAUCGUCACAUCGCCUCCUUCGCUGCCGGCGAACGCAACGCAUGGACCGGAAGCGCGUUGCCACAAUGCGCCGGAGCCAAAACCACGACAGCUGCUGCCGAUGACGACGACGAUGUCGAUCUUUUCGGAUCGGAUGACGAAGAAGAUGCCGAAGCCGAACGCAUUCGUGAGGAACGCUUGAAGGCAUAUGCCGAGAAGAAGUCGAAGAAACCCGCUUUGAUUGCCAAAUCGUCGAUCAUUUUGGAAGUUAAGCCGUGGGACGACGAAACCAACAUGAAGGAGUUGGAAGAGAAGGUGCGUGCGAUUGAGAUGGAAGGUCUUAUCUGGGGCGCUGGAAAACUCGUGCCGGUCGGUUAUGGCAUCAACAAGUUGCAAAUCUGUUGUGUCAUUGAGGACGACAAAGUUUCCGUCGACGAGUUGACUGAGAAGAUCCAGGAGAACGAGGAUCACGUUCAAUCUGUCGAUAUUGCUGCUUUCAACAAGAUCUAAGAAGUUUUAGCAACAAGUUGGGGAAUCCAGUUCUCAGGAAUUUUUUAUACUACAACAACAAAGACUCAAGUGAACACAGCGAUUUCCUGCCUAACUCAUUUUAGCUCAAGAAUAAAUUGAAAGUCUUUUUGAAACAAUAACAGAAAAAAAAAUUUUUCAUUAAAUUGCCCAACAUAACAAACUCAAAAUUAAAAAAAUCUUUAAUAUUACGAAAUUGGCCAAAAAUUAAUUAAUUUUUAUAAUUUUCGUUUAUUUUUACGUCAAUUUUUUUAAAUUUAUUAUUUUUAUUUUGAUUAAACAUUUGUUCCAAAUUAA